CCUGUGGAUGAGGUAGCCGCCGCCGCCAUGUUGUAGCGGAGAGCAGCGAGUCCCGUAGAAGUGCCCGAAUUGACCCAGACUGUCGCCUUCUGAGUCAGAUUCACACAUUUUACCACGGACUUUUCUCGUGUACGGUGCCGCCGGUCCUCGCUGACACCAUGAGCGGAGGAGGGACGCCUUACCUGGGCAGUAAAAUCAGCCUGGUGUCGAAGGCCGAGAUCCGCUACGAGGGAAUCCUCUACACGAUCGACACCGAAAACUCCACUGUCGCACUCGCUAAAGUGCGCUCGUUUGGAACAGAGGACCGUCCGACGGACCGCCCCAUCCCUCCUCGAGAUGAUACUUUUGAGUACAUAAUUUUCAGAGGCAGCGACAUCAAGGACCUGACCGUGUGUGAGCCCCCUAAAUCUGCCUGCUCCCUGCCGCCUGACCCUGCCAUCGUACAGUCGUCGAUGAGCUCGUCCUCUGCUCCCUCCUCCUUCCAGUCCACCUCCUACGGCCUGUUUAAUCGCGCCCCUGUGCCCUCCUACACCCAGUUCACCUCCAGUCCACUGGUGUCACCGCAGUUUGGAGCUGUGGGAGUCGGACGCUCAGGCCCUGCUCACUCUUACAGCAGCGCGUUUGGACGCUCCUUUGACUCUCAGGCUGUGGGGGCCUUUGUAGACGAAGGCCGUACCAGUCCCUCUCUGGACCCCUUGAGGAAGAGCCCGUCUGCGGCAGACCCCUCAGUGACCUCCAGCCCCGCCUCUGGCUCCGCCCCCUCGGCCCCACCCCCUGCUCCAGGUUUGGGCCAGAGGAGUCCGGCUCACGGGAGAACAGCGCCCCCCUCUGGAGCAGCUCAGAAGUCUCCUCUGCAGGACCUGGGAGGAUCCGGAGACGCUCAGAGAAGAGGAGCAGAUGUUCAGAAACCGAAAGCGGAGGGUGAUCAGAGCAGAGGAGAGAGAGAGGCCAAACGCCCCGCAGCAGUAGUGGGCGCUCCAGCAAACAGGCGCGGGGGUCGCGGCGGCGGUCACAGGGGCAGAGGUCGGUUUAAUGUUCGCAGAGACGGUCCUGUGAAGUUUGAAAAAGACUUUGACUUCGAGAGCGCCAACGCACAAUUCAACAAAGAGGAGAUCGACAGAGAGUUUCAGAGCAAGCUCAAACUUAAAGAUGAGAAGAGUGACAAACCCGGGGAGAAGGCGGUGAACGGUGAAGAGAAGGCGGAGCCUGGAGCAGAGCCUCAGAGUGAGACCGCUGCAGAAGACGACCGCGACCCGCUCGGACCAAACUGUUACUACGACAAGUCCAAGUCCUUCUUCGACAACAUCUCCUGUGACGACUCCAGGAAAGACAAGUCUGGGGGCUCUGGUUUUGGAAGGGAGCGGCGUCAGACGUGGGCGGAGGAGCGGCGCAUGAACGCGGAGACCUUCGGCAUCCCGCUGCGCCACGGGCGCGGCCGAGGCGGUUACCGUGGACGCGGUGGAAUGGGUUUCCGCGGUAACAGGGGUCGGGGGUCGUUCGGGGGUCAUCCUCAGAGCGGUGGCUUCCGAGGCGGAUACAGGAACAACAACCAGGCGGGACGGGAGUUUGCGGAUCUGUCGUACAGGAAGGAGAACAAAGUGUCGGCGUAGUCCUGAGCGUCGCCGCGGGAGACAAGAUGUAACUUUGCUUAAAAAAAACGGGGGAAAAAACAAGAAUAGAUUUUUGGUUUCAACUUUUUGAGUAAAUGGAAGUUUGUAGUUGUAUCUGACACCAGCACUGGGGUAGACCGCUCAAAUGAAACUUCACCACACCUGACCGACAUCUCAAGGUUAAUAUCAGUAUAAUGUUCAAGCCUGUUCUGUUCAAUAGAAAACCUUCUGCCCGUUUCCUAAACUUCUGUUUCAUAUUAUUUUGUUAGAGUUUGGACUGAGCUUCACUUAAAUAUAAAGCUUUACUGCAGAACUUUUCCACUGGGGCAGUACACUGUUGGUGAUCACUACGUCUGACGAAUUUCCCUCAACUAAUAAAAAGACUAUGGGAAGGAAUAGUUCAAAGAUGCACUAUGUAACUUUUCUGGUGGGAUGUCUGCUACCUUUUUGUCUCCAUGGAGAUUUUAUAACUUUGCCAGGAAUGUUUCGCAGUAGGGCCUUAACCCUAUUAAACUUGCAUUUAUUCAAUUACAGGUAUUUUUAUUACUUUUAAAUACAUUGGAAAAACAGGCAUUCUGGCUGUGAGUGGACUCGCCUUUCUGCCUUUACACAGAUCUGAUCAGUAACUUGGCUGACUGAUAGCUUCACACGCUUGUCUGCAUAGCGAUAUAUUAGUUUAAUGCCAUACUGUGGGACAUUCCAGGCAAUGCAACAGCAGGUUGCGGACCCGCCAACCACACAAGAACAGUGCAGUCUUGUCCAGCACAUUUAUAGAAAAUAUUUGACCCUUUAAAGCCACAGUAUGUCAUUUUUUUGUAUAAAAAUAGACUGUUUCCAUGGAGAUGUUUCUUUGCCUAUAAUCGUCCACAGUAUGGCGUAAAACUCAGCUAUCUGCAUGGAGAGUCUGGUUUUAACUUUGUUUUCAUGGAAUCAUACACGUGAGUUGCCUCCUCCAGAAAGUUACACACUGUAGCUUUAAAGAUU